UUAAUAGCAGCUAUACAGCAAAAUUGCGAUUUAUCGUAAACAACACGCAUUGAGACCAUAAAAGUAUUUUCGCCCAAUUUACGAUCGGUCGUGAACGAGUGUAGUGCAUUUGAGUGCAUUGCGAAAUGCAAGUGCGUUGCAUAGCCCUGCUGGCGUUCGCGCACGCCGCCCUGGGGAGCAUCUUCCCCGUGCCUGACCAUCUAAACGACGUCAACAUCGCCACAACGACUGGAAACACGAAUAAUACGAUAAUAGCCAAGAGCACAAUGGUGGCGAGAAGAGCCGCCCGUAUGAAAGCUCGUCGGUCCACAUCUUCCUCUUCAGGAGAACGACUUAUAGGAAAAAAAUGGGCGGCGUCAGGAGACUCACUAGGAUUGGAGUCAUCUGGAGACAGCUCUUCAGAUGAAAAACGUCGCAAACCACUCGAGCUCGAAGGAGUAGGAUGGAGAAAGUGGCACCGCAAAUGCACCCCGUGCCCCGAAGACAUGGCCAAGAAGUGGCGCGACCCAACCAUCAAGUGGAUCUGCGGCGGGUACCAGCGCGCGCGCCGCUCCUUCAAGAGCGAGUGCAUGAUGUACUAUAGGAACUGUCAGGAUGGCACUAUGUUCGUUAAAAUCCACGACCACCGUUGCGACGAAAAGGCGGUCGGCUACACGGGCGGACGCCACUUCUUCUACGAUUACCAGGUCAAGCUGCCGGAUGACACCAGUGGAAAGAGCACCGAGACCGAAGCCUCGAGCGACGACUCGUCUGACGACUCCUAUAGAAAAUCCGAUAGCGGAGACGCUUGAUUAUAUAUUCUAAUAAACACAUUUAUAAAGUAA